AUGACCACAGUUCCAUACCCUACCUCGUCGCCCUCAUCACCCUCAGAAUCAUCAUUACCCCUACACGCGCAGCUAAUGCGUUGGAUAAAGCGACAAGGUGCGGCGGUCUCAAACCCGCAGGCUGCACAGCCGAAUCAAGUGACACAAGUCUCGCCAGUGACGACACUGACGAUGAUGAGCAAGGGUGAGGACAUCAGCGUCGUAUACACGCAGACGUUCCCCGAGGUUCCAGAGCAGUGGCCCAGUGCCAGUAGUGGUGCGAUUGGGUUGGGAACGAUUCAGGGGGAGGUCGGGCAAGUAAAGACGAAGAGACAGGAGCCGGUAAGCGUGCCGGCCGAAGCAACGGGUGCACCCGAGCCUCGUGCAUAUGGCGGUCACGAUGUUGCUGGCGAGGAAGACGAAGCCCAUGUCGAGCAGAGAGAUGCAGCAUUCGAGAAACGGUCAGCGGGAUCUAAGGCCUUGGUCGCAUCAGGCGCUGUGGUUGCAGCAGGCGCCCUUACCGUCAUUGCCGUGCUGUGA